AUGGACCCAAAAUGGAUUCAGGUUCUGGUGGUUCUGCUGCUACGUCACAGAGUCGCCUCGGGUGGUCAGGUGGAAGCAGGAGAGGGGGAGGAGGUUUCAGUCAAGUGUAGCCCUCAGUCUCCAGGGACCAUGGUGAUCUGGUUUCGAGUGCUGGAUGGAUCUGGCAUGGAGUUCAUCGCCUCCUCUGGUUCCAGCGCUCACAUAAAGCAGGCUGGAACGAACUUCUACAAACUCUUCAAGCUGUCAGACUCAAGAACUCUCACACUGAAGUCCUUCAGCAGAAGCGACGGUGGGAUCUACAGCUGCGCCUCUCUGGUCGGCGGAAACAAACUCGACUUUGGAGAAGUGACCAAACUGCAGCUGAGUGAAGGUACUAAAAACGCAACAGUAGCUCCGGCACCACGGACCACCACGCAGACGUCGACACCAGCCAACACCUGCCUGUGCACAAAGAAGACAGAGUCGCCCAUGUUUUGUGCUCCGAUCGUCCUGGCCCCCCUGGCUGGAGGCUGCGGCCUUCUCCUCCUGCUCCUCAUCGUCACCUCCGUGUACUGCAACCGAAUGCGGACUCGACGGUGCCCGCAUCAUUACAAGAGAAGGUAA